GUCAAAUGCACGUUUCUCAAAACACGCUUCUAAGCAAAUUUACGUCGCAUUAACUAUCUUAAACAAAAAUGGCUCAAGGCAAGCUAAAAGUAAAAAGCAAGUUGCCAGCGGGCGCGAAGAACAAGAAAGCAAAAGGCAAAGCUGUUACCAAGCGGCCUAACGCUCCAGUUAAAAGCAAGGCGACGGCUCUGGAAAGGAAUAAAAUGAAGGCGAAUGUUACGAAGAUGGUGAACGCUGUGGCUGAGAAGCAGUUGAGGUCGUUGGCUACGGACACGCCGCAGCUGUCGGCCGCGCAGCAGCGGGCAGCGGCUGCACCCACGGCGCCGGUGCCUGCGAAGUAAUCAGUGAUUUUACGUUUUUAUAUACUAGGUACUAAAAUGACUGUUUAAUUGCCCCAAAUGAUACAAUUUAUUACUAAAUUCCGACAACCAAGUGUAGUACACACAUUUAAUCUAUAAUGUUAGUAUACAGAUUAAAAUGGGUGUGUUGUGCAUUGCAUUGCACAUUCAGUCUAUAAAAAUAGUCUUGAUCAAUACGGGUUAGUGUUCCUGCAGGAUAAGUGUGAUUGGCCUUCACAUUGGAGCUGUUUAGACAUUGACUAGUAUUUAUUGUGACUUGUCUGAACCCGCACUAAACACUAAUUAAUGUCUAAACAGGCCCACUUAUGAAGGCCAGUUAUAGGUACUUAUCCCACAGCCACCCUGAGGCUUAGAACACACUGCAAUUAAUUUCUUUCAGUUUCAGUUUUGCAAGUGCAUGCGUGUAUGAAGCAUGAUGUAUGUUACACUUUUUGCCGUUCUGAAACCACAAGAAAUAAAUUGCAGUGCGUUCUAAGCCUUACCCAUAUUUACCUUUAAGAUUAUGUGGGUUAUAAAAUGGAUUCUUAGGGUUAAAGGACUUGUGUGUACAGUUUCAUAAGUUCUAUAGUUGCUGCGUAAACAGUAAAGAAAAUUUUAUAAGUGUUAGAAUGAUUGUUAAUGACUACUUAUGCCCACUUGCACCAUUCCACUAACCCAGGGAUAACCGGUUAAAACUGGAGUUGCCAUGGUUACCCAUACAAUUUGAUACUAGGUUAACGGUUUAACCGCUUAACCCCGGGUUAGUGGGAUGGUGCAAGUGGACCUAUUGUAUUAAAUAUGUUAGUUAAUAUUGAGUUGUAUAGUAACCCAAUCAAAAUACAAAGGCUACUUUUCGUUUAACUAUUUUUGAUAUUCAGAAUAUUAUUCAGAAUAAUAAGAAAUAAAAUUACUACAAGAAAAAAGUGAGUGUAAUUGCUUACCAUCAGGCAAUUUAUUAUUUAAUAUAUCAUUAAAAAAAACACGCCUUUACAUAAGUCUUCUUAAGUUGAAGAAAAAUACAUUGCUGGUAUUUGGAAGGUGGAAUGUUAGUGUGUUUUAACUUAGUACGAUAUUGCAAUAGCGACAACAUUGUAUUUAAACAAUACCUUUGUGUUAGAUUGUAAAUAUGUCAUACCUAAAGCAAUGGCUAAGUACCUACAUUAAAUUAUUUUUUAAUUAAAUGUUUCUAA